AGCCUUCAGCUGAAACCGCUUUAGUGUUAACAGCGGUCAGAGAAGCACCUCCCUCGUCUGACUCCUAGAGAGAGAUUGAGAGAGAGAGAGAAAGAGAGAGAGAGAGAGAGAGUAUGAAAGGGAAGACAUCCAGCACUCGUAACGAUCAGAGACACUGAGAACUGUGAAAGACAGAACGAUGAUGGAGCUUGGCCCUGCCGAGGACGGAGGCAGCUACAUAGAGGAGCUGAUGGAGCUCACGGCACAGAGUCUGAGUCGCCUUGAGAUCCAAGAGCACUUCAACGUCAUCAAGGAGAUCGGCCGGGGCAAAUACGGCCGCGUCCUGCUGGUUACUCACCGCUGCAGGGGGACACCCAUGGCACUGAAGGUCCUGCCCAAAGCGUCGACCAAGCUGAAGGGAUUUCUGCGUGAGUACUGUAUCUCGCUCCGUCUGUCCAGCCACCCGUGCAUUGUGGGUCUGUUCGGAAUCGCCUUCCAGUCCGAUGAACACUAUGGAUUUGCUCAAGAGCUGGUCGUCGGACGCGAUCUGUUUGCUAUCAUCAAACCAAGGGUCGGGAUUUCUGAGCGUGUUGUAAAACGCUGUGCUGUGCAGAUCGCCAGUGCAUUGGAGUUCAUCCACCACCUAGGCCUGGUGCACCGUGACAUCAAACCCGAGAACGUGUUGCUGCUGGACACCCAGUGUCGCCAUGUGAAGCUGGCCGACUUUGGCUUGACGCAGAAACGUGGUACUUUCAUCCGCUACAUCUCAAGCACGCUGCCCUACAUGGCCCCAGAGCUGUGCGCCAUGGUGCCAGAGGCCGGCCAGGAAACCCCUAAAGUGCCACCGCUCAGCAUACAGCCCAACUUAGAUACCUGGGCCUUUGGUGUGCUGCUUUUCUGCAUCCUUACAGGUUUCUUUCCCUGGGAAAACUGCACAAGCACUGACAGCUUCUACGAGGAGUUUGCUGAGUGGCGGCAAAACCCGGAAACCACAGAAGUCCCAUCACAGUGGAUGAGAUUCACGCCGGUGUGCAUGGAGAUGUUCGCCAAGCUGCUGACGCUGGAGCCUAACGACCGACCCACGGCGGAUGUGGUGAAAGGGUAUGUUGGAAAGGACUGGGUGAGGCCAAAGUGCCCAAAUGGACUGAUGGGUGAAAAUGGAGGAGUAAGCAGCAUGACAACACUGAGCAGCCCUUGCCGUAGUAGCCCAGUGCUACAGUAACGCCUUUAUGUGACAUUCCAACACAGUCUCAUUAUUGCAAGAAAAGGGGGGGGCUAUCAGGUCAGGUUGGACAUUUGAACAUUUCACUCAAACAAUGGCAA